AAUAACCGUUCCAGUUGAGAUCCAUGAAGGUGAUGACGUAAUGGCUGUUUGUGAGCACAGUCUCCCAGAUCACCACAUUCAAAGAUUCACCUGGCUGAAGGACAAGAAAUCACGUCAUGAAAAGACAAGCAACCUGACUCUUGAGAAAGUUUUGCAUCCCUUCACACUUACCUGCACAAUACACAGCCACUGUGGAAACUUCACCUCAGGCCCCAUACUUUUUGAUGUAAAUGACAACAGCAUUUUGGUCAUAGUGUUGUGCGGUGGUAUUGCUGUACUUCUGCUCGUUGCCUUCGCCGUCGGGAUGAAGUGCCUUCUCAGGAGAGAUAUGGCCCAGAGGCAGUCGAGACAGAGGAAGCAGGCCCAGAACAUCAGCACCAUUCACACAACAACCUCGGAGGUCAACUGAAGUCACUAGCCUGGUUUUUACUUGGCUUAUAGUUUUAGAGACAAGUGUAUCAUAUGAAACCAAGUGUAUAUUUGACAUGAUUAUGAAUUACCUAUGUAAAACAUAGCUGCUAAUUUUAAGUGUCAUCGAGACAAAUUAUCCUUCAAAUUAAGCGUAUGAAAUGCACUUGGCAGCAAUUUUAUUUUUAAACAAAGUCAAAUUUGUACAAAAAGGAUAUACUUUCACGUGUACAUGUGUCACGUGUUAAAAGAAGUGUUUAUUCAACACAUAUAGAGUCGAUAUUAACAUCUUCUGCAACA